CCAGUUUUGGGCCUGAGUAUCAAGCAGCAAGACAUGGGAGAUACAGCCGGCAGGGUGUUACAGGCUUGUUGCCAUGACAACGGGAGAAUGUUUCCCAGCACUGGCACACACACACACACACACACACACCAUUACAGUGGAAUCCGCCUUGCUUGGAGAUUCCGCUCUGCGGUGCAGUUGAAGACAUUUAGAAGCAGGCAAAGACACAGACAGGACAGAGGGGGAUUCAAUAGGAGAACCACUGAACAGGGACAUGCUCUCCAAUCCUCAUUCAUUCUGAUGUGUAAUGAGGAGUCUGAAGCCAGCCAGCCUGUGUGCCGUGCAGCAGAGACGAGAGGAGCAGAGAGAAAACAUACAGCACAGCAGCUAAAGGCAAGAUGGCUUCAACAGCCUGCUGAGGCAGUGUGCAGGGUUUAGAACCUUCUUCUGCUAUUCUGGAAUCUAACCGGGAUCUAAGAAGGGAAGAGCUUGGUUCUCAAGCGUUCUAGAUCAAAGGAGAUCAGCUCCAAUGAGUGUACCUGCAGCAGCACAGAAAGCAGACAGCAACAGUGAAAUGCAGUCGCCUGCAGUGUCUCCCUCCUUCCUCCCCAGCCAGCCAGGAAAGAUCCCAGGCAGGAAGAGGGGGAGACCCCCACUACAUCGCAAGAUGGAUUUUCCAACCCGCUACCCUGAAUCCCUCCCUCCCCUCAAAGUGCCCAAGAAGAGGGGAAGAAAACCUGGCUUCAAGCUGAAGCCCAGGAUGGUGCUGAAUCCCCUGGCCAUCUCUCCUCCCAGCAGCACCCCAGAACCAGACAUGAGCUCCAUUCCCCAGGAUGCUGCUACCAUCCCCCACUCUGCCACGCCCCAGGUGCUCACAGUGUGUAUCUACAUCAACAAGCAUGUCAACAUGGGUCCUAACCUGGACAGGAAGAAGCUGCAGCAGCUCCCAGAUCAUUUUGGGCCUGACAGGCCCUCGGUGGUGCUGCAGCAGGCCGUCCAGGGGUGCAUCGACAGCGCCUUCCAGCAGAAAGCCGUGUUCACUCUCCUCACACAGGGCUACGGAGGGGAGAAAAUAUCAGCCACUUUCGAUGGGAAGCAACACCUUCUGAGUCUUCCUGUGGUCAACAGCAUGGGCUACGUUCUACGCUUUCUCAAGAAGCUCUGUCGCAGUUUGCACUGUGAAAACCUCUUCAGCGACCAACCAAUCCCCCAGCAUAAUAAUGCCUCCUACCAAUCAGAGGCUGAAACCUCCAUGCCAGAGGAGUAUCUUCUGGACCCGUCAGACAAACGCUACUCAAUGGACCCAGGUGACUCCGCCUUCAGUGCCAUAAGCUCCUCCUACUCAUCCAAACCAUCCUAUGGGUUCCGCUCCUCGCAGCAGUUCCCCAAUGGCUCCUCCCCCUUGGGCAUGUGUAGACAGACGUCCAGCCCUAACACCUUCCUGGAAGGCAACAGGAUAGCGUACAAUCCAUCUCAGGAUUCCCAGGAGUCCAAGCCGCCCCCCAGUAAGGACCCUUCCACCUGGAGUGUAGAGGAUGUGGUGUGGUUCAUCAGAGACGCUGACCCGCAGUCCCUGGGCCCUCACGUGGACGUCUUCAGGAAGCAUGAGAUAGAUGGCAACGCGCUGUUACUUCUAAAGAGUGACAUGAUGAUGAAGUACCUAGGACUGAAGCUGGGGCCAGCCCUGAAGCUCUGCUAUCACAUCGACAAACUAAAACAAAACAAGUUCUAAAUCUGAACAUUUUUUCACGUCAUCAAUCUGUGGGACCCAACUUUGUGGAUGCGUUCCAAAUGGUACCCGUAACCCACUCGUUUUGACCGUAGCCCUAUUGGCCCUGGUUAAAACUAGUUCAAUAUAUAGGGAAUAGGGUGCCAUUUGAGAUGCUAUAUUUUACUGAUUAUUUUUUGCAUUUUCAUACAUCAUGUAUCUAAAGAAAACAAUGUGAUCAUGUGAUCGUGACAGAAUACGUUUUUGGAUAUUCUAGUUUUUCUGUUGAAACAAGGUUUUGGUUUAUACAGAUGACAAAAUGUGUAAAUUGUGGAAUGCAUAACUGAUACACUGGUUGAUAAUACCUGGAAGAGAGAUACAGCUGUCCUAUAAAUUAGCUUAUUAAGGCACCUAUGCGCCCUGGUAAAACAUACCAAGUUACGUUUAUGAUCUGUUGAGAAGUGUGGAUUAUUUUAGAUAAACUGUUAUUUAUACUUGGUCUCAAAUCUGCGGAAUAACUUUGUUUUAAUAGAUAUAGGAAAAGAGGGGUCUCCACAAAUGUGACAAACACAUCAAAAUGGUCCCGUAUGGUUUCAUUCUAUACCUUUACAAAAGUGACUUGAAUAUGUAGUAGGGUUGGUUUGAUGAAGUUCUUAACACAUCAAUGCAUGUGAUUUAAAAACAGGAAGCUACAGUGAUGUUAAACAUUACUAUACUUGGUUUUGUUAUUUACACAAAUUAAUGUAAACUAAAAUGGUUUUGCAUAUUGUUUUACAUAUUGUUUUGAUAAAAUUGCCAAAAAGAUCAUGUUUGUGCUGCAACACAUAACGAGACAUUUCUACAGUUUAAUAAAAUAAUGAUCUCCAGCCUCUUUUUUAAUUAUUUUUAAUUAUUAUUUAUUUUACCUUUAUUUAACUAGGCAAGUCAGUUUCUUAUUUUCAAUGACGGCCGAGGAACGGUGGGUUAACUGCCUUGUUCAAGGGCAGAAUGACAGAUUUUUACCUUGUCAGCUCGGGGAUUCGAUCUUGCCUCCUCACAAUAUAUUUACUAUGGACAUUUUUUACUACAUAUCAUUCUCGAAACAGAGAUGGAGAGCAAUGGAUGAGAACCCUCACUGCAUACCUUCAAUUGACCUACAGUGUUGGGUUAUUAGGCCAUAUAGCAUUGCUUGUGUACUCCUUAGGAACCUGUGUACGUCAGUGCUGCUGGAUACAAUUACAUGUCAUUCAUGCCAAGUCAAAUCAACCUGGGACUAGGUCUUUUAUUUUGAAAAGAAUAUUGGAAAGAUCUACACUGUAAAUCAGAGAAUAACCACUGUAUGGAUUCAUUCAUUUGUACUGGUGCUGAAGAAGUUCUCAAUGUAAUGAAUAUCUCAUGUUUGCUUUUGUGUUGUGAGACUUAAAUGGAAAUCAAUCAAUGUGUAUUUAACCCGGCUGUCUAUCCUAUCUAAGUAAUAAAAUUAAGAAAAUAUUAAGGAAACAAGG